CCCAGUCUCUGCGCCACGGCAACCCCGGCCGCUGGGAGACGCCAACCCCUAGAGACCCUGCCCAUGCUCUCGCCCACCUCCCAUCGGUAUUCUAGUCUGUGCGUGUCUGUGCAGCGGUUUUGGUGGAAAGGGUGCCGCAGGAGCCGGAGCUAGGCAGCUCCGCUGGCCCUUCCAGCCCCAGCGGUGACCAGGAGGUAAACUUUGAGAUGUGCACAAGAUGAUGGACAGCAAAGACUUAGAAGCUGAAAUCCAUCCCUUGAAGAAUGAAGAUGGGAAAUUGCAGGAGAAUCUGGAAAACCAAACGAAAAAGGAAGAGAGCUUGAAAAGCAGCCCCCUGCAGUCCCGCCUCUCCCGAUGCAGGACAGCGGCGUUUUUCCUCUCACUGUUUAUAUGCCUUUUGGGAGUGUUUGUGAUUUCCUUCAUCAUCCCGUGUCCAGACCAGCCAGCUUCACAGGGGCCGUGGAGGAUCAAUUAUGACACAGCAGUCACCUACGACUUUCUGGCCAUGGAAGACAUAAACAGAGACAGGGUGCAAGAUGUUCUCUUUCUUUAUAAAAAUACCAACAGCAGCAACGAUUUCAACAGGUCCUGCGCCAGUGAAGGCUUUUCCUCUCCCUGCACCUUUGUGGCUGCUGUGUCAGGGGCCAAUGGCAGCAUCCUCUGGGAGAGGCCUGCAGCCCAGGAUGUGGCCCUCGUGGAGUGUGCCAUCCCCCAGCCAAGUGUCAGUGGGGCAUCUUCUGCCUGCAUCCUCAUGGGCAGACUGGGUUCUUUCAUCGCAGUCAACUCAUUUACAGGGGAAACACUGUGGAACCAUCCCAGCAGCUUCGGAGGGAAUGCUUCCAUCCUGAGCCCUUUGCUCCAGGUGCCUGACCUCGAUGCCGACGGGACCCCAGACCUGCUAGUUCUCACCCAGGAGGAAAAGGAGGUUAAUGGCUACAUCUAUUCAGGUAGCACUGGGCACCAGAUUGGCCACCAAGACAGCCUCUGUGAGAACGGGACCAGUGGUUCCCUCCUCUUUGUUACCAGAGCGGGCGCCCACUACAUCCUUCUCCCCUGUGCAAGUUCCCUCUGUGGCCAUUCUGUGAAAGGCCUCUAUGAGAAGGUGACUGGGAGAGACAGCCAGCUAAGGAGAGACCCCUACUGGGAGGACAUGCUCAACACCACGACCCACAAGCUGCUUUUGCACAGCUCUGGAGGCAUCCGCUACCUGAUGAAUGUUCCCGGGAAAGGCGGCGAGCAUCUUCUCCUCGUGAGUUCAGAGGCCUGUGUGCUGCUGGACGGGCAGGAGUUGGCACCCAUAUGGACUUUCAGUGCAGCCCAAGUCCUCAGAAAACCCAUCCUUGGCCACUACACACCUGACACCUUGGCCGUGGUGAUUGAAAAUGGAACUGGCAUUGACAGACAGAUGCUGUUCCUGGACCUCAACACCGGGGUCGUCCUGUGGAUCCAGGCCCUCCCAGGCCUCCCUGGGGACCCUCAAUCUGCCAGCCUGCCGACUGCAGACCACCGCUCAGCCUUCUUCUUCUGGGGCCUCCACGAGCUGGUUGGUGCCAACCAGAUGGAACCCAGAGACGCCCAUCACAGCCUAUACAUGUUCCAUCCUACGCUGCCCAACGUCCUGCUGGAGCUAGCCAACAUCUCUGCCAACAUCGUUGCCUUCCAAGUGGCCCUGUUUGAGCCAGGCCGCCAUGCUGCCUGCAUCCUCCUCACUGGCCCGGCCGGCCCGGAUGCACCUGGCCUGGUCUCUGUGGCCAAGCACAAGGUGCAGGACCUCAUCCUGAGCAGCAGGGUGGUUCACCUGGCUGAGGGUGGGCCUGACAGCGACCAGGCUAUCAGGGACCGGCUCUCCCGCCUGCGGUACCGGAGCACGGCCUAAGAUGCACAGCAGCCAGAGCACAUGGGAGAGGCUCCAGCUGCUGAAAUUAAACAUCCUGGGAAGUUGGCCCUUCACUCACUUGGUCUGUACACUGACUCCCCACUCCUGAGCCUGGCAGCGGUCUUAGUACCUAGGGGCAUUUGUGGGUGAGGGGACACCCAGGCCUCUGCCCUCCUUUCCUGCCCAGCACACUGUGUCCUCACACAGGUUCUCUGUGCCCCACUGGGAUCACACUCAAGGCCAUCUGCCUUCACGGUGGGUCUUCCUGUGGGAAGAGCCAAGGCUUGUCCUACAGAAGUCCCUUUCCCUUUUCUUGUCUGAGCCCUUCCUUCUCUGCACCAUCCCCUUGGAUAGUGGACCCUGGGGUGGCCUCAGGGCAGAGGUUGAGCCUAAGGCAGUUCCAGCCCCCAGCCCUUCCCAGAGCAAGGAGGGGAAAACCCUAGCGUGGUUGGUGGUGACUUGCCCUAGAGAGCCCCUUUGACCUGGCCCACGAUGCAUGGGGCUUGUAGGGCAUGAUGGGAGGGCUGCUCAUGAGUGGCCUGAACGGGGCUUAUGCCUCUGUGCUGGCUGUUUACGCUCUGAAUGUUCCAAGGAAUUGGCCAUGAGAUACACACCUUAGGGUCAUUUUGCACCCUCUCAAUACACACUGGAGCUGCUUGUCCCUCGGGAGGCCCUGCACCCCGGGCUUGGCCAGCACCCCUCCUUCCUGGUGCUUGGACGCCCCCUGCAGUUGGUGUCACUUAAUGCAAAACUCACCUCUGUGCCUUGUUGCACCCCAGGGCCACUGCGGUGCGCUGUGAGGCCCAGCUGUGCUAAAACAUAAAAAAGCAGGCUGAUGACCCUGGGUACCAUGGGAAGAAAUCAAAAUAAAUGUUUUUUGCACUGUC